UUGAAAACGAAGCUUCUCUGCGAACACGUGUUUGCAUCUUAUAACACGAAUGCAAGUGAUCCGAUUUCUGCACGGGAUGCAAAUAGCAAGCCGAGCAGCAUUCCACAGUUUCAAGAUUCCUCCGGCACGAUGCAAGACAUGAUGGAAACCAUUACGAAAAGCCCGAAAAAAAUUCGAUUGGUUGUAAUCGAUUACGCGGGAUUAACUACCGACCCGGAUGACCUCAAGUGGUUCAUGCAAGCCAACAAACAGAUUGAAGAAGUGGUUGUGGACAUCGGCCAUAAAGUAGAAAUAUAUUCACGCAAAGAUCUCAAGAAAGAAAGUAUUCUUCAAAAGUUCAAUUGCAGAACGUCGUGUGUGAAAAGAUCAAAG